AAAUAAGGUCACUUCCAACACCCAUGCUGUUGGGCUAGCUCUUUAGCUUCACGACACUACCCGACUGGAUCUUAAUCUGGACAGAUAUGUUGCAGUGCCUUUCGGCGUCUGCGCAACAGUAGAGAGGGAGAUCAAAAUAUUUCAAGAUUAUGGACAGACACAAGACCUUACUCAAAGGGUGAAUUGUUGUUAUAAAUGAAACAAACUGCAGUGUAUGGAAGACUCAGAGAUGCCAGUGACAAGGUUUCACCCAUACCAUGGGCUUAACAUCAGUCUAGAAAGUGACGACCAAGUCGCUUGCAGGACAACCAGCUUUGCUCAUGCCUUGACAUUCAGUGAAAAGCCACUAAAACCUGGAGAAGUGUUCUUAGUAGAAAUCGAAAAGAAUGAGAGAGGAUGGAGUGGACAUCUUAGAAUAGGGCUCACACAGUUUAAUCCAAAUGAAAAGUUUGAGUUACCGCAAUAUGCAUUACCGGAUCUUGCCAAUAUGGGUAGGUCCUGGAUAUCAGCAAUCACAAAAUCAUAUAGUAGGCCUUUCAACCAAGACAGUGAUCCUGGGACGUCUGAACCGUAUCAGUCUGUGUUAGGAGACUCUGAAAUAAUUCAUACUCCACAGGGAUCAUUUAAUCGAAGCCUUUUGUUACCAUUAAACCGGCUUAAUAAUUACACAAAUGUAUACUCACAUGUAAGUAAACGAGAACAGGACCAAAUUCUUCCCACAGACAUUGGGAGUCGUAUAGGUAUCAUGUACCAUGUUGUGGACAAUUGUGCGGAAAUGCAUUUUAUCAUCAAUGGGGAGGAUCAAGGACCGACAGUGAAAAACAUCCCGUACCAGUCUGGGCCAUUGCACGCGGUGGUAGAUGUGUAUGGAACAACUAAACAAGUUAGGAUUGUACAGUUAUAUGGAGUGUCCACUCUUCAGAAUGCUUGCAGAGACAUGAUCCUACAGGCAAUAGGGAAGUCCCAGGUCAGCUUCCUGCCACUGCCUAACAAGAUCAAGAAGUUCCUGCGAUAUGAAUGUGAACUGUGAUACAACUUUCUAGAAAUGAGCCUUACUCUGAGGAAAUGGGGCUUAAUCCAUGUGCAUAAAGUACCAUCCCAUAUCAGCCUGUGCAGUCAGCACAGGCUUAUCAGGGAUGACACUUUCUGUCAAAACCGUUUUUUUAUCUAAGAAGAGACAUUUAAAGAAAAAAAACUUUCAAAGUAAGAAAGUGUUGUCACUGAUAAGCCUGUGCUAACUGCACAGGCUAUUCUGGGCCGACACAUAAUGCGUGUGGAUUAAACCCUAUUUUCUCGGAAAAUAACUUUUAGCUGUCUAUGAGCCUAUAGAGUGUGCAAACCUUUGCAAGUGUGUGGACAGUGUGUCCAGGAUGGGUAACAGGGUUGUGUAAAAGUCUCCAUUGGAAAUACAUUUUGCCAACAAAAAUAUACAGUUUAAAUGUGCAGUUAAUUUCAGUUUUAUUGCACCAUGGUAUGCAAGAAAUUGUCUGUAUGUGUGUGUUUGUGUGCGUGAGUUGCAUGUCAGAUAAAUUCUUAUAAAUACUCUUAAAGAAAUUAUAAACAUAUUCUCUUUGGUGCAUUGAAAAUACAUAAAAUUCAUCAAGUUUUUAUUUGUUGAUUUAAAGCUUUUUUUGAGCUUGAAAUCAUAGAUGUUGUGCUAUGAUUAAUUUAUAGCAGAUGUCAUACAACCAUGAACCAAUAACUGAUGAUUUACUAGGACUAAGUACAGCUGCUGAAGUUUUAGAAAGUCUUUUUUAUCAAUUUUUAAAGUUCAAUAAACCUACUUAUUAUCUCCAUAUCUUAGCAUAGACAUUAAGCCAAAUGUUUUUAAUAUGAGCCAACAUUGUGCAAACAGGUGAAAUAGAUAUUUGGGAAUCUAUGACGUGUGAUGAGUUUAAAUGCUGUGAAUAUUUAAGAGGGUUGCUCAUAAGAUUGGUUGUUGAAUAACACUAGUUCAGCAUUAUAAUUACAUUGCCUGCUUAUUGUCUGACAAUAAUCAUAAUUUCACAGUUAUGCAAAUAUGUAAUUAAUAAUAACUUUUUACUGCACUUGCCCAUUAUGGUAUUACAAUGUAGAUUUGCAAUCAUCAGCAGCAUGAGCACUUAUUGUGUAAGAAUUGAUACUUUCAAUUGAUGUUUAAUGAUUUUUUUUUAGAUUGUUUCCACAUUGUUAUGUUCCUCUUUGCCAAAUAAAGCAUAUGGCAUUCAUCAAA